UCGUAUCUCCCUAAUUCAGAGGACCUAACAUUUACAGGAGAAAGGAUUGUGUUUCAGACAGCUACGGAGCAUGUUUGUUUGCUGCGAAACAGGACUGGAUCUCUUUGUUUUCCUCUUUGAUUAUUGUUCUAGGGAAUAAUAGGUAAUUGAAAAAGAGAGAUUUCUUUCCUCUGGGAAAAUUCAAGAGUGUUAGCAAUGAGAUAUUUUCUUAGAUCGAACUUGCCUUUAGAAAAACAAAUAGAUUUCAAGGACGUGGUUGUCGAGCAAGAUUAGAUCAAAGGGGGGAAAUGACAUUAUCAAUAUUAUAUGUGGGAAUCAAGAAUGUGAUUCAGUGUUUCAGAAGAGUGUGAAAUGCUUCCAUUUGGUGCAGCACUGAGGUUUUUUCUUUAAGUCAUGGCUCUUUGUUUUAAGUACCUUGUGGUCUGAUCUCUGUAUGGAUACCUGGACUGGGUCUCAAUGGGUCAGGAUUUCAACUUCUGCAAUCUUUGGGAUUCGAAAGUUACUUGUCCAGCGCAAAACUACUGUAAGUCUGCCACAGAUUUGAGGAAUUUUAUUUCCAUGGAUCAUAAUUUCGAGUCAGUCCACAGAAAAGAUAUUAAGGAAAGUGAACAAGGAAUUAAAGCAGAGUUUAAACAUGUGGAAGGCAGGGGUCUAUGAAAUAAAGGUCACUACGUCAUUCUUCCAAGUCCUCCACUGUCAGAAAAGGCAACGCUGGGCAACACUCUAAGAUGUUUAUUUGGACCAGUGGCCGGUCCUCGUCAUCAUACAGACCCGAUGAAAGAAGAAAUUUCUACCAAAAAAUCAAAGAUCAUGAUCUUCUGGACAAAAGGAAAACUGUGACGGCACUAAAAGCAGGAGAAGACAGAGCUAUACUUCUGGGACUUGCAAUGAUGGUGUGCUCCAUUAUGAUGUAUUUUCUCCUAGGAAUAACAUUGCUGCGAUCAUACAUGCAGAGCGUAUGGACAGAAGAGACACAAUGCACAUUAAUGAAUGCAUCUAUAACAGAAACCUUCAACUGCUCCUUCAGUUGUGGUCCAGAUUGCUGGAAAAUCUCUCAGUACCCCUGUCUACAGGUUUAUGUAAACCUGAAUUCUUCAGGACAGAAGGUCCUUCUCUACCACACAGAAGAAACUAUGAAAGUGAAUUCUGAGUGUUCAUACAUACCCAGAUGUGGGAAAAAUUAUGAAGAGUCAUUGUCACUUGUCAGUAUAAUUAUGGAAAAUUUCCGGAAACAUCAGCACUUUCCAUGUUUUUACGAUCCAGAAGGAAAUCAAAAGAAUGUCAUUUUGACCAAACUCUACAGUUCUGACGUCUUAUUCCACUCAUUAUUUUGGCCAACAUGUAUGAUGCUUGGUGGGAUCGUCAUUGUAGCAAUGGUGAAGUUAACACAGUACCUUUCUCUUCUGUGUGAGAGAAUCCAAAGGAUCAACAGAUAGAAACACGCCCAGAAGUUACUUUCUAUUAAAAUACUGUUAUUGGUUUUUUUUUUCAUUCUUCACCAAAGAACCUUAAGUUUGUAAUGUGCCAGUCUGUUUAUAAGUUCCUUAAUAUAUUCUUAUAUGUAGAGCAAUAAUGCAAAAUCUGUUCUAUAUGCAAACAUGAUGUCAGAAAAAAUUUAUUUCCAUUGUGCGUUUUUAAUAUUUCAUUUACAGCUGAUACAGGGCUGGUUAACCCACUGCCUGCCCCGUGGGUCUGCAAUGUAUUGCUUCAGAGGCAGGCUUCUCUGUUAGUAUGGGUCUGUAUGAGGAUCUUCUUAUAAAACUGUAUUUACCUGGGAUACAGAUAGUUUAAUGAUGCAGGAAAACAGAGGCUCUUUAUUUCAUAUAGUUUUAUACAAUUGUUUUCAUUCUUUUACAGGGCUUCCAAAUAACUCUCUUUUCCACAUUAUGUUUAAUAGGAGAGUCAAAUUUUAAUGGAUAUUUUAUUUGUCCCAGUCCCUUUAUAACUGGUAAUGGUCCGUUUAGUUACCAGAUGAGUUGCCAAGACUAUAGUCUUGGAAAAAGGUCCAUCAGACCUUUAUUGCUUCUACAUCUGCACUGUCGAAAAAAAGGAACUAUGGCAUAAGGAAUGGAAUGCCUAUUCCUUGAAAGACUGCACAUUUUAAUGCUUUACAAUAUAAUGUAUGUAUAGAAAAAAAUACUGCCUUCAUAAAAUUUCAUAAGGAGUUAAACCUUAUGAAAUUUAAGGUCUUUUAUAGACCUUUACAAUGUGCCAUAGUGUUCUACUGAUGUAUUUUAUUCACCCGAGGCUUUAAUGAAACUGACCAUAAUAAUAUUUACAUUUUUCUCUUUUUUUUGCACAUUGCUUGAUCAACAAGGAGAAACAUUAAUAUUAUUAUCUGUUGUUUUUUCCUAAAUCAUGCACAUGAGCCUUUCAUUCAUUUUAAUAAAAACCACAUUUCAGCAUCACAGCUGUUGACAUGCAGGUUCCACUAAUACCAGGCUAGUUUGCCAUCUUAAGAUGCUUCUCCGCUGGCUAAAAAAAAAUGGCCUAGAAUACAGCCCUUGUGCAUGAGCUUUAAGCUGAACUGGAAUGGUUUUAAUAGCAUAACAACGUAAACAGUAUAGAGCAAAAACACACAGUAGCCCACUAGCUGCAAAGACAAUGACUACAAUUGUCUAUCCUUUUGAAUAAAAUAACUUUUAAAAUUGUAUUCCUUCCAAAUUAGAAGAGCGAUGCAGAAUAAUUCCAGUAAGAUUCUCCCUGCUUCGCAAUAUGUCAAAGACAUUUCUUAUGCCAAAAGGUAUAAUAAUAUCUAUAAACUCAAUGAGGGAGCAACUGUGUGUUCAUACUGUCAAAAUAGUUGUUUAUCAUUUUAAACGUAACAAGUUACAGAGUAAAAUUUGAUGAAUUUGCAUAACACUUUCAUUUAGUUGUUGGUGAAACCAGGAUCUCCAAGGAAUAUUCUUGCAAAUGCUUGGAGAGCUGUCUGUGUGCCCACUAAGUGUUUUCCAUCAUUUUUUUACUACAGCUGUAGCCAAAAAAAGUUUGAGUUAUGCUAAAUCCUUUAUGUUGAGAUGGGACCAGAAUGUUUCAUAAAACAUUCCCGAGCUAGCUGGGUUUCUGCUGGAUUGCUUGCAAUCCUUCCCACCUCUGGAAUGGAUCAGUUAGGCACUCGUCUUGUACUGCUACCAUAUCACUGUAAAGAAAAACACUGUCAGCUACUGUACUUGUUUAUUUUUUACUUGCAAUUUUUUUACUGGAUAAAGACAAUAUAUUAUAUCUAAUAUACAGGAAUUUAAUUGUUUUUCUUUUAGAAAAUUAAAAAAAUGUAAAAAGUCUCCUAAUUCAUGAGGCUAAAUAACAGCGCUAGGGACUAAGCGGGUGCAAAAAAUUUGCCUUGCAAAAGUCGUUCUAUUUCUUUUAUUUCUAAAUAUAUAAUGAUUUGUCCAACACCUUUGUCAUCUGUUGAUUUGAUUUGUUAAUGCUGCCAUAACUGAAACAAAUAACUGGAUAUGUACAUAAAUAUGAACUUGAACAGUUUGGUGAUUUAAACACUUGUGAGAGUCCUCUGUCCCCAAGUUGCAGGAAAGGAUAUAUUUUGCCUUGUUCUAAAAUUUAAGUGACAUCUUUUCACAUCUUAAAUCAGUAAUUAGGUGUAGGUGGACCUUUGUGUUGUAUUUUCAAUCGAAUCAAGGUCAAUAUUGUUGUGACAAGUGACUGAAAAUUGUGUCUGCAUUGCUACAUCAACUUGUUGAAUUGUUAGCCAACAUCAGCUCUGAAAAUGAAUUCUGAACUUUCUCUUUAUGGGAUCCUGACCGAUGUCAAUUUGGCCUGUUGAGAUGAUAAAUGGAACUUGAAUCCAAGCUUGCACACUGACUAAAAUGUGGAGACACUCAGAGAGAUGGAAUCAUUCUAGCCACAAUUCCUACAUAUAUCCAUUUUGUAACAGUCAUUUUUUCCACAGGCAAUUCCCAAGGGAGUUUUAGCUACUUUUAAAGUGUUGGCGCAACUUUCUUGGUCUAGGGUGGAUAUAUUGCACUCAAACUUAAGCAUACAGAAGAGUGAAUAGAUAUAGGACAUUGCCGCAUAGCAUUUUCUUUCCUUUUUACUGAAAGCUUGAAGAAGGUCAAGGUUCUUCAAUGCUGGAACUGAGCACAAUGAAUGGCUUCAACAUUUUCUUAAGGAAAACGUUCCCCACGUUGUAAUGAGGGCUUCAAAUGUGUAUUUAAACUUUUGAAACAUCAUUAAUAAACCCUCAAUUACUUUUGCAA